GUGCGCCGAAGUGUUAGAAAAAUGGCAGGUCCGCCGGCGGACCCACAGCAAACGCUCACUGGGCCUUCCUUAGUGAACCUGCCUUGUCCUCCCAGACCGACCGGCCACCCCCACUCCUCCGAGAUGCCUUUCGUCCCGCCCGUCGAGCAUGCGAAGUGCCCAAAGUGCGGCCGCUCAGUCUACGCGGCCGAGGAGAUGCUGGCCGCCGGCGCCAAGUGGCACAAGGUGUGCUUCGUGUGCGGACUCUGCCGCAAGCGGCUGGACAGCACCAACGUGGGCGAGCACGCGGGCGAGCUGUACUGCAAGCAGUGCUACGGCCGCAAGUUCGGACCCAAGGGCUACGGCUUCGGCGCUGGCGCCGGCUGCCUGACCAUGGACAAGGGCGAGCACCUGGGGAACACCGAGUGCGCCAUGAGCAACAGGCCGCACGACCCCAUCUACGGUUGAACGGGACGGUGCUCGCGAAAUCGGCGACGGAACAUCCAGUGAUGCACUUGUGGAGCUUUGUUUCUUUAUUUUUUCUUUCUCCAUGUUCUCGCAUCCGAUAACUAUCCGCGGAGUGGCCAAUGAGAAAGCUUCAAAUCUGCAGCCCUUCGCGAACGGGACUCUCGAAGAAGAUACUGCCUUUCAUUUAGCAAACGAGACAAAAUAGAGCCGCGGAAAAAAAAUUAAGAAUUGUCUCGUUUCUUCCCUCCUUUGUUUUUUUAUUUUUCGUUUCCUUCUGUGAAAGCAUCAAUCAUUUAGCAACGCUGAUACGUUGACAAAUGAAGGAACGCUGAAGGUGUUGAUGAAUGCGGCGAAAAUUGUGUCAAGGUGCCUACGCUAUCGCUACAGCACAACGAAAUCGUGUACUUAUCCAUGUACGCGACACACCAUUGCCAACGGUGAUCUCCUGUGACUACAUUGCUUUGUUUUGUUUUUGUUUUUCACUGACUGUUCUCGCAGUAUUCCAGUACAUUUGUUUACGCCGAUGCGCAAUAAAAGUUGUUUGUUAUUCAA